GAAACCAAAACUGACUGAGGCCAAAUGAGAAGAGCCAAACUAGAUAAGCACUGGUCUGGUUUUCCAAUCCGAGAAGGAGAAGAAGGAGACAAGGCACGCCACCCCUGAAUCGGACCCGAUUGGAUAAGGACCUCAUUAAACCCCCCUCUCUUCCUCCCUAUAAAUACACCCCUCUUUGUCUUUGAAAAAACCCCAUGCUUUCCAUUCUAUUUUAUUCAACGAAUCAUUGCGUUACCCAAAAACAAAGAGAAGACCAAACCCCGUCACUCCCAUUGUUUAUUUGCCUUCAUUUGCCUGUUGUUCUGUAAAACCAGAUCCUGAUAUAGCCAUUUGGUUAUAUAUAAACCUUUGUGAGAUAUAUACGACCAAGUUGAGAAGGGUUUUUGGUGAUUUGGGUUUGUGAGGUUUUGAUUGAUUUUUGUGAGAUUUGAAAUGGCUGCUGCUGCUGCUGGUGUUGUUGGGGGAAAUGGGUCUUCUUGGAUCAACUCGUUUAAGAAUAAAUCUUCGAGGAACAAGAAGACUGUGAACAGGGCUAUGGUGUCUUGUGUUUCUUCUAAUGUGAUGGAUCCGUAUCAGACUUUGAGGAUCCGACCCGGUGCCUCUGAAUCUGAGGUCCGGAAGGCUUUCAGACAGCUUGCCUUGCAGUAUCAUCCAGAUGUAUGUAGAGGAAACAAUUGUGGUGUUCAGUUUCACGAAAUCAAUGAGGCUUAUGAUACUGUUAUGAGCAACUUGAGAGAAGAAACGACUCCAUUACAAAUGUAUGAGACGUAUGAGGAAGGAGAGGAUGAUUCGAUGCGAGGAAUGAAUGAUCCAGAUUACGAUAUGUGGGAGGAAUGGAUGGGAUGGGAAGGAGCUGGUAUUAGGGACUACACUUCUCAUAUCAAUCCUUACAUUUAAAGAACCAAUUGUAAUUAAUCAAUAGAUGGUUCAAAUCUUCAUCCAAAUCCAUUACAACCUGAACGGUUGUUCCUGUAUAUAGUCCAAGCAAGGAUAUAAAUAUCCUUUUUGUACAUAUCUCAUGCUAGAGGUCUUACCCUGGCAGUUUACAAAUGAAUGAAAUUCUCAAGAACUUCCUUUUA